AUGAUCGCGUUCUUUGCUGCGCUCCUGUGCGCUCGCGCGCUGGCUGCUGGAAUCUUAGUGCUUGCGGAUGGCCAACCUCAGGGCGAGCGCUUCGUGUGCACCGCUGUCCCUGCGGGAGCCGACCUCAGCUGCCCGGUGGACACGGAUAACCGCGUGCAGAGCGCGAGCCCUCAGGAGGACGAGUUCAGAAGCACGAUCGUGCAGCUUCGGGAGACCGUGCUGCAGCAGAGGGAGACUAUCGCGAGUCAGCAGGGCACCAUCAAGGAACUGAACUCCAAACUUUCGCGCUGCGAGACCGCAGCGCAUGACGCGCGAGACAGCAAGUGGCGCGGAAGCGCGCGCAGGAAGGAGUACGGUAAGAACACCAUGGGCGAUCUGCCGCGCGACCCCGCUGAAACCAUCGAGCAUCUGGGCAAGACCAUGCAAGGGCUGAAGGACCGACUGGAAAACUUGGAGCAGCAGCUGCAUGCCAAUGCAUCUGGUGGGCCGUUCCCCAAUGAACUGCGUGACCUGCUAAAGCGGCGGCUUGGGGACCUUGAGAGCCAGUUGUUGAGGAGAGUAGCUGAGCUUGAGGAGGAGAAGACUCAGCUAUACAAUGAGACAAUGGCCCAUCGGCAGCACACGGAGAACACGCUCAACUCGCUGCUGGAGAGGAUCACAGAGUUGGAGAGAAGUAGCAGUGCAUUUAAAUCCCCAGAGGACUUCAAGGUUUCUCUGCCCUUGCGCACAAACUACCUCUAUGGCCGCAUCAAGAAGAGUCUACCAGAAAUGUAUGCCUUCACUGUGUGUAUGUGGCUCAAGUCCAGUGCUAGUCCUGGCAUUGGAACACCGUUCUCAUAUGGAGUCCCUGGACAAGCCAAUGAGAUUGUGCUGAUAGAAUGGGGCAACAAUCCCAUCGAGCUACUUGUCAACGACAAGGUGGCUCAGCUGCCUUUAUCAUUGGGUGACGGUCGAUGGCAUCACAUCUGCAUCACCUGGACGACCAGAGAUGGCUUCUGGGAGGCCUAUCAGGAUGGCGAGAGGCUGGGCACUGGGGAGAACUUGGCCCCAUGGCACCCAAUUAAACCAGGGGGAGUGAUCAUACUAGGUCAAGAACAGGAUAUUGUUGGGGGAAGGUUUGAUGCCACACAGGCUUUCGUAGGAGAGCUAAGCCACUUCAACAUGUGGGAUCGGGUUCUCCGCCCUACGGACAUCUCUGGCAUGGCCAACUGCUCGGCCUACAUGCCCGGCAAUGUCGUGCCCUGGAUAGACGCUAAUGUCGAGGUCUUCGGAGGAGCCACAAAAGCAGCACUGGAGAUAUGUGAGGACCGUCUUUUUGACUCAUAAGACUGACCCUGCCUAUAUGGAUCCAAUAUUAUUUUUUGGAGGUAAAACAAAACACCUCACCAUGCUGCUUUGGGACCAUUGUGGAGAGACAGUCAUUUUAUCAAACAGUAUUCACUGUGGUUAUAUCAUUCUCUCUGUUGGAUUUAUCCUCUUUUUUGCUGUUUCUUUUUUUGUUGUCAACAAGGUCAAUGAUUUAAGUAAUUGUGGCUUGUGAAAUAUAAAAAACACAUUCAGAACAU